AUAGUGCGGUAGUCGAUUAUACGCCAUUGAUGUUUGUCACAUUUGCAAAUCAUUCUCGUAUGGAAAAUAUGCAACUCAAUAGAAAAUAACUUUCAACAGGAAUUUACAGUUGUAAUAAUUAAUCUUUUUAUUUACUGCACCCAAUAUGUCCGUCAGUACUGAGGUAGAAAUGAAAGAAGCUUCAACACCGGACAAGGAAAAAACAGAAAAAGAAGAAAAAAAUGAAGAACCACCAAAAGACCCGGAAUUGUUGACGCUUGAAGAUAUCCGUGAUUAUGUUAAAUACAUUGAAAAAUCUGUGACAACAAAGGAGCCAAGGUUCAUGCUGCGUGUGGCUCGAGGGAUCAGUGGAGUGCGGCACCGUUUGAACAGCAACAUACUGCGCCGACUUCUCCAAGGCUACAUGCAGUCACCAUCACAACUAGCUGUCAAAGAAGACCUACUGACCUUUUUAGGAGAGCCAAUGCUGACAAAUGGAGUUAGUGCUCAGUUUCGACCAAGGUCUGGCAAGAUGGCUUCCAUUCCUGUUAUCCCAGAAAUUGAGGUCUACUUGCAUCUUCUAGUGCUGAUCCAUCUUAUAGACUUGAAGCAGUUGGAAAAGGCCCAGAUUUGCUCGGAGAAGUUGAUGCAGAAGCUCUUGCUGCAGAACCGCCGCACUCUGGACAUUCUAGCUGCCCGAUGCUAUUUCUAUCACUCCAGAGUGUUUGAACUGAACAACCAGCUCGAUACAGUCCGGAGUUUUUUCCACACACGUCUGCAGACGUCGGUACUGAGGUCUGACUUUGAUGGACAGGCCACUCUGCUGAACCUGCUGCUACGGAACUACCUGCACUUCAACCUCAUAGAGCAGGCCGACAAACUUGUCUCCAAAUCUACAUUUCCUGAUCAUGCUUCGAACAAUGAGUGGGCAAGAUUUCUCUAUUAUUUGGGUCGUAUCAAGGCGGCCCAGCUGGAGUACUCGGAGGCACACAAACACCUGCUGCAGGCCCUUCGUAAGGCCCCACAGAACACAGCCAUAGGCUUCAAGCAGACAGUGCAAAAGCUUGCCAUCACGGUGGAGCUGUUGCUAGGAGACAUACCAGAGCGGGCAACUUUCCGGCUGCCCACCAUGAAGAAAACUCUCGCCCCAUACUUCCAGCUGACACAAGCUGUGCGUACUGGUAACCUCCCUCGGUUCAAUGAGGUUCUGUCCCAGUAUGGCUCCAAGUUCCAGGCAGAGAACACGUAUACACUGAUCAUACGCCUGCGCCACAAUGUGAUCAAGACUGGUGUACGCAUGAUCAACCUCUCGUACUCCCGGAUCUCUCUACUGGACAUAGCACAGAAGCUGGCCUUGGACAGUCCAGAGGAUGCAGAAUUCAUUGUAGCAAAAGCGAUCCGUGAUGGUGUGAUAGAGGCGACCAUUGACCAUGAAAAGGGCUACGUGCAGUCGAGGGAGACGAGUGAUGUGUACAAGACACGGGAACCCAUGGCCGCCUUCCACCAACGCAUCACUUUCUGUCUGGACAUACACAACAGCUCUGUCAAGGCUAUGCGUUUCCCCCCCAAGUCGUACAACAAGGACCUUGAGUCGGCUGAGGAGCGACGGGAGAGGGAGCAGCAGGAGCUUGAGAGUGCCAAGGAGAUCGCGGAUGAGGACUUUGACGGGUUCCCAUAGCAACAUGCCAGCUGACACCCCCCAUAGCAACCUAUGAGGAAAUGCUGCUCCUCUACCAGACACAAGACAGUGAUAUAGGUGUCUCUACUGAACAUUGUGUAUUAAACACUCAUACAAGUUAUGUUGGUGCAGUUUAAACAGGAUAAUUUUCUUGGAAGUUUUUCCAGUAGAGUUCAAUCUUGCUUUUGGCAAUGUGUUAUAAAUAAACAAAGUCACAAAGAAACAUGUUCCUUUACAGUUCUGAUUUGUUGAUUUAUAAACCAAUUAUAUGAAUUCAUGAUGUUCUUUCAUCUGUAUUUCCUUUAUUUAUUUAUUGCAUAAAGUUUAUCAAUAAUA